UAUAUAUAUAUAUAUAUAUCUGACGUAACGAAAAAACUAGAAAAUAACCUAUUUAUAAGAAAUUGAAAGAAUUGUGCGAUUUAUGUUUAACAAAAAUUAUAAACGUUUGCAAUAAUUUUUAUCAUUCAAUAUGCCUAUCAUUAUGAAAAUUCUAUCACAUAAGACAAAAUUAGGAUUACAAAUAGCGAGAACAUUGACAAAAGAAAUGCGACGAUGUUCUUCAACAAUAUCGACACAAAGUUUGGAAAAGGAUAGCCAAAACACAACAAAUGUAAAUACAGAUUUAAACGAUAGAGCAAUUUCGUUAGAUUAUCGAUUUAUUUAUCCAGAGUUUCUACCUGAUCCAAAUCCAUUACAUCGAAAUUAUAUUAGAGAAAAAUUAGAACGCAUGGAUAUGAUUGCAAGAAGAUCUCAGAUAGAUAUUCCUGAAUUUUAUGUUGGAUCAAUAUUAGCUGUAACAUAUUCUGAACCACAUGCACCUGGAAAAGUAAAUAGAUUUGUUGGAAUAUGUAUCCAAAGGCAAGGCUGUGGAUUAAGAGCGUCAUUUCUUUUAAGAAAUGUGGUAGAUAAUCAAGGUGUUGAAGUUCUUUUUAAUAUGUACGAUCCAUCUCUUCAAAAAAUAGAUUGUUUAAGACUUGAGAAAAGAUUAGAUAACGAAUUAUUUUAUUUACGAGAUGCACCAUUAGAAUAUAGUACUUUUCCAUUUGAUAUGGAUGCAGAAUUAUUACCGGAGGGUGCUUCUGUACCCAUAAAUGAUAUUAAAGUACCACUUAAUCCACGACCAUGGCUAGAAAGAUGGGAACGAAAAGAAUUAAAAGGUGUUACAAAUAUAAUUGUCGGUCAGACCCGACGGCAGAAGGUUGCAGCACAUGCUACACCUUGGGAAAAAUAUGAUCUCAUGAAAAUUUAUAGAGAGACAAUACCUGAAGAAGAACAAAGAGAUAUAUUUGCAGAGGUGCAAUCAAGUCUUCGCGAUUUAGAAAUAGUUCGAUAUAAACAAAAACACGUACGAACCUUUGUACGUCCAAAAAAAAGUGGGUAAAUUUUGUAUUCUUAAACAUAUGUAUAAUUCGGAAAAAAAACUAUAAUCUUUUAUGCUAAUAUAAAUAAAAAAUAUUCUUUGAUUCCUUUCAAUAAAAGUCUCCAAAUAUUUUUUAUUAAUUGAAUAUAAUUUAUAAAUAAAUCAGUUUUUUUUUGUAUAGUAUACACUAUAGUAUACAUAUCACAGUGCAUUAUCAAAAAUAUUACUUGAAAGAAAUAACAGGUUCAUUUGUUUAAGCUUUUUUCUUCAAUUUUUUAUGUCAUCAAUCUGACCUUAUUCUAUAUCAUAAUUAUUGAUAUGUAAUAAUUAUAAUAAUAAUUAAUAAUUACAAUAACUUAAAAUUUGUAAAAAAAAAAAUAUAUGCAUGCAAAGAAGUAUUCAUAAUAAAUGUUAUCAUCAAUUAUUUACUUGUAGUGUAAAAUACAAGAAUGCGCACAUGAAAGAAUGACAAGAAUACAAUAUUUAAAAUGCAUUUAUAUUUAAAAGUAUACUAAUUCUAUUUACACUUACUAAAUCUUUUAUCUUAUAAAUGAUGUUAUAUACAUAGAAGCCAAUAAUAACUAUUUAUAUUAAAAUUUAUAGAAAUGAUGUGAUCAUUUCAUUUACAUAAUUUUUAUGUAUGCAUAUAUACUGUGCAGUAUACAAUAUUUUACGUUUAUUAUAUUAUUUCAUAUUUUAUGCCUAUUACAUUUAUUGCUUUUUAAGAAAGUUUACACAAAUAGAAACUGUUUAAAUUUUGCAUACAUAUAUACUUUGCUAUUCUCGUGUUUCAUGUAAAUGUUUUUCUCUUCUUAAUCAUUCUGCUUAAGUAAUAUAAAUCAAUAUUGUAUAUAAUAAGUAUAUAUUUCUUAUAUUUCGUUUAUAAUAAGAACUUAUAUUUAUUCGGAAGUGAAAAAUUUACAACAGAAAUUAUAAGAUUCAAAUAAUUAAUCUUCAAUACAUAAUCACUGUAAUCUAUAAUUAUUAUUUUUUUAAAAUAACAUACAUAAAAAACGAUUAACAUCUCUAGAUUUUCUGCACUAUGAACAGAAAUGAAAUUCGCGAAAAUGUAACUAACUAGUCAAUAAAGCUACAUUAAUUUCUUUAA